AUGGGGAUAUCCAAGGUGACCGGCAUCGCUGCGACAGCUUUUCUUGUCACAUCUGUUGGGCUGUGCCAGCUGGGCAUGAGAAUUGUUGUGCCUCCUUUCCUAGCCACCAGUAUUGUUGCUUUCGUUGUCACGGUUGCAUCCCAUGAUGCCAUCAACCUACCAUGGAUCUUGGGGAAGAACUCAGUGGGAAGAUUUCCAUUUUGGUCAUUUAUACUGUUUGGUUCUUUCUUGAUGCUUGCUCGGACAUAUGCAAUGGUUAAGAGAUACAUGAGGAAGGAGUCCGUGUAUGACAAGAUCGCGGAAGGCCUAUAUCUGGGAGGAUGGCCCUUUCUCUUGAAACAUUUGCCCCCUGGAAGCCCAUCUGUCAUAGAUUGCACUUGCGAGCUUCCAAGAAGUUCCUUUGUUCCAGCAGAUGAGUAUCUUUGUCUUGCAACUUGGGAUACGAGAGCUCCAACACCGCACCAAAUUGAAAAAGCUGCACGUUGGGCUUGUGAAAAGAGAUCUGAGGGGAAGCCGGUUUAUGUCCAUUGUGCAUUUGGUCAUGGAAGAAGUGCAUGUGUCGUGUGUGCAAUUCUAGUAGCGCUGGGCAUUGCUGAGAACUGGAAAGAUGCUGAGAACAUCAUCCGUGAAAGAAGAAAGAUAAAAAUGAACGCCCUUCACCGGAAAACCUUGGAAGAGUGGUCCAAACAACGAGUUUCUCAGAAAAAGGAUAAGUAG